AUGGUGCAGAGCGGCAGCAAUCGACGCCCGUGGGUAGAGGCCGCGAGCAGCGCGUUCGCCGUCGCCUCGGCGCUUCCGGUCACGAUGAACAGCUUGCAGAUCGCCGAUCUCUUCGAAAAGGUUGAAAGACUCGAACCGUUGGAGUCAUGCCCUCUCACAGCUGAACUUUCAUCGUUACGAAAUGCGUCUGGCGAAACCCUUCUCAUUGUUGCUGCACGUGCAAAUAAUGUGGCAGCCGUCAAGACACUCGCCCUCGACCCGGACAUCCUGGACGAAUCUGACAGCGAAGAAUGGAGUGCGUUAUUGAAUGCUGCUCACAAAGGCCAUACAGAAGUGGUCAAAAUACUUUUGGAAAGUGGAGCUAAUGUAGAUUUCCCUGAUUCGGCUCACGUUAAUCUGAUCGAUGAAGAAGACGGUUUAACUCCACUUAUCGUAGCGGCUGGUCGUGGCUUUACUGCUGUGGUUGAGAGAUUGCUUGCCGCAGACGCUCAGGUCAAUGCUUGCGACAAAUUUGGCAGUACAGCUUUGAUUUGGGCUGCUCGAAAGGGUCACCUUCCAAUUGUACAAAUGUUACUGAAUGCCGGUGCUGAAGUAGAUGCCGUUGGGAUGUGGUCGUCAACGGCUUUAAUGCUAGCUACGAAAGGAAAUUAUCUGAGUGUGGUUGACCUUAUUUUGACGCGGGAGCCAAACGUGAACGUCGUGGAUCAGAAUGGCCUGUCUGCGCUAGGAAUAGCAGCACGGGAAGGUUAUGCAGAUAUUUGUGAAUCUCUUAUCAAUUCGGGUGCUUUCGUCAAUCAGUCUGAUAAGUACGGCAAUUGGAUAUUGAUUAGCGCCGUCCGCAGCGGAAAUGCUAAUAUUGUUCGAUUGUUGCUGGAAAAAUUUGCAGAUGUCAAUGCAAGAGAUUCGGAAAACAGAACAGCUUUGCAUCUUGCUAUCGAUAAAUCUUUUAUGGAUAUUGUAUAUCUGAUAUUAGAAAGAAAGCCAAAUCUUGAGCUGAAAAACAAGAACUAUGAUAUUCCUUCACCCGUCCUCAUUCGGACAAAAAUCCAACUCAUAGGCUUUGUGUAUUACGGUAGCGAAAUACGUGGUUGGUCUACUCCUAGUCAAAUUGCAAAUUCACUCUCAUGUUUUCUAUACCGUGUUCGUCUUUUAUGGAAUGUUGCUACCUUGUAUGCUCCUAUGCACUCUGAAAACGAUAUUGCUAGUAAUCCUGUGAGUUUCCUCUUUGCUGACUACCAUCGUCUAUCAUCAAUUGGUGGUGAGCAAGCACUCGCCAAAAUUGUUGCCACUCUGUUCGAGUCGGCUGAAACACAUUUUGGGGUUCUACCUGUGCGACUGUUCUGCUCACUAAGAACUGCCUACCCGACAAGCAUGGUGCUUGAGGAAGCACUUGCGACUCUUAGUUGCGCCUUGGCUUUGCAGUUGUUAUUUCUAUCUAAAGACUAUCCCAUCAUUAUAAUGGUGAGGUAUGGCUACACAAAUGUUCCCCGGCGACGAGUUAAUGCGGCUGCAAGAUCAGUUCACAAACUACGUUUUGAAGGUCUCAUGCAGAAGCUGCAGUCGGAGGUAGACAUAUUGGCCGAUAUGAUAAGGUCUCUAGAUGCAUUCACAAGAAGUCAGACACGGCUAGUUGUAGUAGUCGACGGUCUCGAUAAUUGCGAGCAGGAGCGCAUGGUUCAAACAUUGGAUGCUUUGGAACUUUUGUUCUCCGCUCGGAAGCAUCGACCUUUUAUAACAAUCAUAGCUGUUGAUCCCCAUAUAAUCGUGUCAGCCAUCAAUCAUAAUAUGCAUUCUGCUCUCACAGGAACCGAACUAACUGGUCAUGAUUAUUUGAAGAACAUAGUUAACAUGCCCCUCUAUCUUCACAAUUCUGCUUUACGUCAGCUACAAAACAAACUGAAGGAAAAGCGCGAGUCGUUCGCCGAUUGGAAGGAACGGUACCGGCGUCAGGACACUUUCCACGGCUCACAUCUCUCGUUGUCCGAUGGACGUCAGAGUCGAAAGGCAACAAUAGUCGUUGGUACACGUAGUAUCGGAGAAUCGCUUCUUAACGAUGACUAUUUCUCCAACAUGAAUCCUCGAGCAAUGCGAAGAAUCGUUAACGCUCUCACGCUAACGGGUCGUCUUAUGCGAGCAUUUGAAAUCGAUUUCUCUUGGCUUUCUCUUGGUCAUUGGGUUUCGCUACUGGAGCAGUGGCCCAGCAGAAUGUGUUGGUUGAUAGAUCGUGCUGUUGAUAUCAAUAAUAACGCAUUGACGUUGGCAGAGGUAUACCAUCAACUAAAAGACCAUAUUCCCAAGAAGGACUCGCUAAUUGAGUUGGAUAGGAAUCCAGAUAAUUUUGAGGCUUUUCUGGAUUCGCCGGCAAUUCCUACUUCGGAACAGCUUACGGUUGGUCAUGUGAAGAAAUUUGUUCCGUGUACUAGUAACCUCGACCCUUACCUGAGGAAGCUGAUCAGAGAACGGCGUCAAGGCUUGGAAGAUCCGGUGAAGGAGCUUGGACUUGGGUCAAUAGUGAUACCGCCAAAUGCAAAGUAUUUGUUUGGGGAUGAGAAAGUUUGGAAUACUGUGAAUACACCGCUCGUGGAGAUGAAAUUGGACGCUGUGUGUAAUCUUGUGAAGCGGUUGGACAUUGCUCCUAACAGGCUUGACACCAUCAUUCGUAAAUUCCAACAACUAAAUCUUGGAGGUCUUGUGUUGGCUUCUUGUUCACUUCAAGAUCUGAAAGAUGCGCUCGGGGUGCCACUUGGCGACUGGACCAUGAUCCGCCUUCUUGUUGAGACUUUGAAAGCGUUUGGAUCGAAUGUUCCUGGUUUGAAAAUCGACAAGAGGAAAGCGUUAACAUUACCCGAAGAGGACGAGGAUGGCGCAGAUGUGGAAGUUGAGGUGACCCGCCGUGACACUAUAGUGCACUCACCGUCUGCCCUGCUGACUACUGAGCAGCGGAGAAGAUCGAUGGCAGCAUCAACAGAAAUGAACAGUGAUCACAAGUGGCUCAUGGAAAGUCUCUCCGGGAUGGACCUAACUCAAGCCGAAGGAGAUCUCGACUUGGCUCCAUCUUCUGCGAAUUCGGUCCGCUUUGGCGAUGCUUUAGAAGACGGUCUCUCGCAUCUGAUGCGGACAGCACAGAGUCCCGCUUCGGAAGUCGAGAGAAUCUACUGGAUCCAAGUCCUCUUCUGA